AUGUCUUUAUCACGCAUGGCCUCUCUUAUGCCUAGUGAUCGACCAUGGUCAUCAGCUGGCUUAGUAUUCUCAUCGGCAAUUUCUGUUCUUUUUCAUUUAAACAAUAAACUUGCAUCAACAAUCAUUGAAUGUGCUCGAGAAAACAAUGUUACCGUUGCCAAUCUCUGUCUAGCUUGUCACUUUGCUUUCCUGAUCGAAUUGACCGGCGAAUACGAUCUCGGAGUAGUAUGUACUAUGGCCGGCCGACCUCUUGAACCAGAAGCUGCCAAUAUUCUUGGUCCUUUUGCCGAUUAUAACGUAAUCCGUGUCACUCUCGACAAGAAAACAAAUCCAACAUUUAUAACUCUUAUUAGACAAACACAUGCAGUCAUGACGGAAUCAUUCGAUCAUUUAUUUGCCGAACAGGAUCCUCUUACGUUUGAACUUGCAGAAUGUAUGGGCGGCAUUCAGCCGAUAUCCAGUUUUCAAUUUGACGAAAAGCUUCGAGAUAUUACUCUCGAUAAGAAUGUUCGACUGCAUUGUCUUGAUCCUUCAGAUAAUAUGUCAAUACCAGCAUGGUGGAGUGUGGCGGCAUUGCAUCCAUUUUCAUCUGUCGUCACCUACGAUCAAGAAUCUGCCGAGUUCUCUUAUGUAUUCGAAUUCUCUACUGUUUUUUAUGAGCGACCGACAGCAGUACGUAUAAUCAAAUGA